GAAUUGCCAGUCCGCGAUGAAACUGGCUCGCCAACACUUCAACAUUCCCCUGGUGCUACGACCAGAAGAUCUCGCCAGUUCUCAGCUGGACGAGAAGUCGGCAAUUACGUACUUGUCCUACUUCAUCCGGGUGGGCGGGCCCGGAUAUGACGCGACUCUGCAGAGAGUGACGUCCCGAACGCAGCCCAAAAGUGUGACCAACUUUACGCUUUGAAGGCCGGCAAGCAGCUGGGCGUGGACCCCUUGUUGAACGCUAAGGAGAUCACCGAGGAGACCACGGAGCAUCUUGGCAUGAUGGCGUACAGCUCGCAGUACCUGCGCCACCCCAACCUCAUCCCCUACAACAGCAACGACCACGGGUACCUGGACGUGAACGGACACCCCCACCACCACCACCUCAGCGUCAGCAACAACCGCAUCAAUAUGCAGCCGGACAAUGUUACGUACGUGAAGAACUCGGAGGUGACUUACGUCAAGCAACCGCAGAUGACCUACGUCAAAGACCCGGAUGUCACUUAUGUGAAGCAGUCGCAGAUUGCGUACCUCAAGCAGCCUGAAAUGACUUACGUCAAACAGCCUGAAAUGACUUAUGUCAAGGAACCGGAGGUGACCUACGUCAAACAACCGUUGCCAACCAGAGAGAAUGUGAUUUACGUGAGGCAGCCGAUAGGGCUCACCACCGUUUACAACAAAAACAACAACGACGACAAUAACAAUGUCAACAACAACAACAAUGUUAACCUGGACGACACCGCAUCCACCAUUACGUCACUGGCCUCCAACGCCGCGCCCACUUUUCACCUGGUGCGCAAGUCUUCCAUCCACGCCCCCCGCAUCGAAGCUCCGCCCGUUGACCAGCUCAAGGUGGACAUCUAUAGCGUGGGGGUCAUCAUGGAGAGUAAGAUGACCGGAGCCUUUGACCCCGAAAAGCUUAAGGUCGAGGCCGUGGCCCCUAGCGGAAGGGUCAUCAAGAUUUCCGGAGAUGGCCAGUAUGCCGCUCAGUUCAACGCGGAUGAAAUUGGAAGAUGGAAGGUGUCCAUGUACUACGACGGAAGGUUCAUGGACGGGUGUCCCAUCGACGUGUGUGACCCCUCACAGGUCAAGGUCAAGGAGCUACAGGGUGGCCAUGUUGGCAAGAACAAUAUCUUUUUCGAGGCGGACUUUCACACCUUUGACCCCGAGGAACGACAGAGGAAGGCAGUGUUCUAUACUCGGGUGGAGCCCAGGGAGGGCUACAUUGAGGUCAAGGCUUCUUGUGACUGGGAGAUCGACUACAUCACCGGCGGCCCGUUCAUCUGUCACGUGACUGACGUCACAGACAUCGCUGUCUACGGCAUGGACGACGGGACGGUCUGCGCGCACCCGGAGCUUAUAGCCGACUGUAGCCGUGUGGGUGACGGUCGUAUUGACGCUGAGGUGACGCACAACGGCCUGCGGUACCCGUGCAAGGUCAGGAAGGACCGGCCCAUGGUCUACAGGGUCAGUUUCCGACCGAGGGGGCCUGGCACAUACAAGGUCUGGAUCAACUACGACAGCCAGCCGGUCAAAGGUUCACCAUUCAUACAAGAGAUCGAGGAACUGGAGAAGCCUAGUGCCCACGGAGACGGCCUGUACAGAGGAGUUCCGGGAAAACCCGCAACCUUCACCAUCGACCCGCGGGGAUUCCCCGGCCAAGUGUCCGUGGCCGUCAAUGGCAGCCCCUACCGACCACUCAUAGUGGACCCAGUGAACGUGCGUGUAUCGGGCGGCUGGCGGCCGUACCUGGACGAGAAGGGAGUGAUUCCUCUCAGGGUGAAUAAAGAGAAACAUCUACCCUUUGAUGUGUCUGAGGCUGGGCCAGGCGAGCUCACCUCCGAGGUCCAAGGUCCUAACGGAAAGAUACCAGUGGCCAUUGACGCGAGGAACGACGGGAAACAUUCGGUCAUCUUCACUCCAAGAGAGGAAGGCAAACAUUACAUCCACGUGAACUGGGGCGGCUACCCGCUGUCCAACUCUCCGUACCUGGGAUAUGCUACACACGAGCCAGAGCUGGACCCCAACGAAACCAACGUGCGCCUUGUACCGAUUCACCUGCACCCCUUCCAGGAAAGAGCCCCGACGAGUCCCAGAAGCUCCCUGGUUGACGGGCCUGUGGGCAGUGGGCGAGGAAACGAACCAGACAUCAUCUACAAACCAGUGGAAGCCCCCUACCGGCCACCGGAGGGUAUCAUGUACGGGCCAACAGAGGUCAUCUAUAAACCCCAGCAACACCCGCACAGGGUCCAGGUGCUGCCCGUGUAUACAGACGCCAGGGAUUCCCCGUCCCCCAACACUCUCUCUCCGCGGUCUUCCAAGUCUUCCCACGGACCUUCACCCGUGCCUGCCUCACCCCCGCACGGACCUCAGAAGGUUCCCCGUUCAAAGUGGACGUGCGUGAACCAGCCAAGCCCCACAAAGUGACAGCCUCGGGCAACCCGACCAACGCCAUCAUGGGCAAAGACCUGGAGAUGAAGAUUGACCCCAGACAUGCUGGCCCAGGGAGCCCGUAUGCCAUCGACAUCAAGGAGAGCCAGAUCAAGGGCGAGGUCAAGGUGUGGGGGCCGGGUGUGGAGAAUGGAAUCCUGCCUGGCUUCCAGAGUACCUUCUGGGUAGAGACGACAGGCGCCGGCUCUGGGGACCUCAGGGUUCGAAUCAUGGGGCCUAAAGGUGCUUUCCACGUCAAAAUGCGCAAGGCCAGCCAGAAAGACAAGAUCUUCCAGUGUUUCUACGACCCCGUGGAGCCUGGCAUCUACACGGUGAACGUACAGUGGUCGGGGGUGCACGUGGAGGGGAGCCCCUUCACCGUUCUCUUGGCCUACAACGAACGGGAACUGGCGCAAAUGCAGGACGAGCUCAACGACAACGGAAGUACUAUCAACGGAAGUACGGACAUCGGAAGUGACCUUAGAGUGAAGACUCAGAGGAGACGGGCGUCGAAGCUUAGUUCGCGAAAGAGCGAUGAUAUAAAAGAUAUUUUGUACUGAUGAGUGGAUGAACCUUAUUUUGGAAUGCAAUAAUGGAAAGUAAAAGUCUGCGUAUUAUGAAUCUUUAGAAAAUUAGCUUUGGUUUUUCAAAAGGGAUGCAUAUAUGUUCUACUUAAGUAAGACAUCUAUAGGCCCACAGCUAAACUGCCAAAGUUACUUUUUUAAAAUUACUUUUAAGUUACAUUUAAUCUACGGGCUGUUCAUACUGUUCCGUAAUACUGUGUGUUGAGACAGUAGGUGAGUGUCCUGCGUAUUGUAAUAAGCUAGAAAACGAUAGAGUGAACGUUGUUUUUGUUAUGGGCAUAUCAAGUACGUCAAUUAAUCUCUCUCAGUAAACUUUCACUUGUAGGCUUGCUUCUCUAAAUGAAAGGUGUUUGUAACUUUUCACACAAAUACACAAAGGGUUAACGUUACUAUAUUUCUGAAUAAUCACUUUUAAAUAUAAUAUUAUUAUUGUAGAUACUAUAUUGUGUUGAAUAUUGCCCUGUUACAAAAGUUUAAUAUUAGCAAGAUUUUGCUUAGUUCUACUUAAUCAUGCUAAUAUGACAUUAUAGCAGUUGUACUUAUUAGAGGAAGUAUUAGAAAACAGUGCUCAGAGCUGUAUAAUAUAAGACUCUUUCUAUUUUAAGCUCGUGGAUGCACGUAAUGUAAGACAUGACGUAAUCAGGGUGGAAGGUUUUCUGUCGGUUGUCAGUAAAAAGAGCAACAACGGUACACAUUCACUGCUUACUUUUGGAAAGACUGAAGCGACAACGUUGACGCUAAAAGAGUGUUCAUGACUGCGGAAGGAAAUAAGAGUGAGUUUGCAAUGUAUUAUUUGACUUCAUUCCGUUUCAGUGAGAUUCUUGGCAAUGUGUGUUUGGUUUUUAGAAGUGUAUAGUACUGCUCUGUCAUUAUCACUGUUUACAAUUCAUUUCUUUUCAUGUUUUCUUUGACUCUCGUGGAGACUAUUUCAUAGUCCAUAAUGAGGAAAUCUUAUUGAAGGAACUCCUGAGGAUAAUCAUUCUCAGAGAAGUUCAUUUUUCACAAAGCUAAGCAGCCUACGUAAUAUUUUCAUCGAGAAGACACUAGGGUCUGUCAUAUUGUGAGAAUUCAAUACUUUGUAAUGGAGAAUAAUCAUUGUGUUAUCAACUCUGGCAGUAUACUGUUAGAGGAAUUAUACAUAUUAUUGAUAUCUUGGGCACAUUGUUAUCGUUUACGAAUGUCUAGUGUCACAAGUUGGGACGUAUGUUGUUGACGAACGUAAAUAACCCGCGGACAUUUGAAUCUCAUAUAUUCGAGGGUGGCGUAGUUCUUCCUUGAGGAGGUGAUUUCUAAGCCUUGUGUCCUGGUAAGGCGGUCAUGAGCUGGGGGUCGUAAAGGACGUAAAAUUCUGUCUAGCAGGGUGUUUAAACCACGCCACUGAGGGAACCAUGGUACUGAACCAAAAGAUGUUCGUUCGA